AUGGGUUCCGGUUCCCCCCCAUCGAAGCCUUCGGCAAUCCCGUCCCACAUGAUCAACGGCAGCUCCCCAUUACAAUCGUCCUCGGCCCCAGGUGGUGGAACUCGUGCUCGCGAUGCUCGUGAGCGAGAGAGUCUGAAUACCUCCAUUCGAUCUUCCUUUGCUCCCCGCGUCCCAGUUGGUUUUGAGGCUGAAGAAGAGGAGGAGGACCCUGAGUCAACCCAGCCGGGCCCCGCCCCCGCGGAUGAUUCUCCCGCCAGUGCCAGCCAAAAUACUCCUACUCCUGCUCAGCACGGCGCCUUGUCGAUUCGUGGCCGACCCAGUCUAAAUGACCCUCCCCGUGACCCGCGGGAUGAAGGUGGUCCAUUGACUCCUCCUGCGACAGCGAGCCGCCCAGCCAGCCCUUAUACACUGGCCCCUCCAAUUGACUUUGACGGACUGAGCUGGCCUUGCCCCGGAACACGGCAGCGAUUGGAGUCGACCCCGGAGGAGAACGAAGCACGAGUUAAGAAACUUGCCGGUGCCGUGCGAACAAUUCUGGAGUGUGUUGGUGAGGACCCAGAGCGUGAGGGUCUUCGUGAAACCCCGGAGCGUUAUGCCAAGGCUAUGCUCUACUUCACCAAGGGCUAUGAGGAGAAUGUCCGGGAUCUGGUCAACGGUGCCGUUUUCCACGAGGACCAUGACGAGUUGGUCAUUGUGAAGGAUAUUGAAGUUUUCUCUCUAUGUGAACACCACAUGGUUCCCUUUACUGGAAGGAUGCAUAUCGGAUACAUCCCGGAUCGCCGUGUCCUCGGCCUUUCCAAGCUCGCUCGCUUGGCUGAGAUGUUCUCUCGUCGACUGCAAGUUCAAGAGCGCUUGACUAAGCAGGUUGCUCUUGCCAUCUCGGAGGUUCUGAAGCCCCGCGGUGUCGGUGUCGUCAUGGAAUCCUCCCACCUGUGCAUGGUUAUGCGCGGUGUGCAGAAGACCAGCAGCACUACGACCACUAGCUGCAUGCUGGGAUGCAUGCGCUCGAGCGCCAAGACCAGAGAAGAAUUCCUGACUCUCCUCAACAGGAGAUAG